UUUGGUUGCCUAAUAUGAGAAUGUAGUGAACCGUAUCAAUCACUUUUUCUCAUUCUCCUCUCCACCUGAUAUUUCGCGCAUAGAUUUUGAUAGUAUAGGGAACAGAUUUUCGCCGACAAUAAUACAGGGGCUCUGCUGGCUCUUACCAUGGAUUCCAAGGGGCCAAAGCAUUAUAAGAUGCACUGUUAUCCAAUUUAUGAAGACUCAGAAGACAGUACACAGAUCGAGAAGAAACACCCACAAACAGAUGAAGCCGAUGAUUUUUUCGCUUUGGUGCACAGAAUUCAAGCACUGAACAGAUUGAUUAAGAAGAAGACAAUGAAUUCGAGCUCUGCAGGAAAUGUGGGUGCUACCGUUACCAAUGGAAAAUCCCCCUGGAAGCCUGUAUUCCAGCUGGAGGACUUUUUUAACUUGCCAUCGACCGGCAGCCCUCGUGCUCACAGGGAUAUGACUUGUUGUACAAACAAGAAUACAGGCAGAUGCGGAGUAUCUGCACAGGAAGAUAUUGGAAGUGAAAAGUAUAUGGCCGUUGAGGUUUUUGAUCUGAAUGUAGAGCCCACCCCGGAAUUUUGUUAGCAAUUUGCUGCCAUCUUGACAUCACAAGGAAGCUUCUCUCUUCAGGUAUGAGAAAAAUGAAAGAGAUUGGGUGUAUGAAUUUUGUAAGUAAAUAGGAUUUGCUCAGGUUGUUGCAGGAUCUGUAUGGCAAUGCUUAGGGCAAGCUUAUUUUGUCUAAAGUUGUAUUGAACAGUGGUUGCUCUGUAGUUAUUGAGGCGUCAUUGGAGGAUUUUGUUCUUGUUUUGGAGGUCUGUAAUGUGGGGGAAGUAUGAUCUGGAUAAUGGUCAAUUCUACUGUCACGAAUUACAACCCAAUAGCUGUGGAUCGUGUUCAUACGGUGUACUGUUAAACAUUGUCAUAUAGAUUGUAACAGUUCAAUUUAUAAGAACUAUAAAUCAAUGUGGUUUUUUUGUUGAUGUA